GGACGACGUUCGAUGACAACAAACAAAAUUGGAAUAAGGUAGAAAUUUGAAAGGAAUAGGAAUAAUCCACUUCUAAGCAAUGGCCGACUUUGGCGAAUGGUUCAAGAGUCUGCCCCGCUUCACCAAGUGGUGGUUGGCCCUCACCGUCGGCUUCACAUUGUUGGGACGAUUUGGUUUGCUGAGUCCUCAGUUGCUGUUUCUCCACUACGAGUCAUUUGUUCACAAAUUCCAGAUAUGGAGACCUGCAACCGCUCUUUUUUAUUACCCACUCUCACCAGCCACUGGAUUCCAUUUCUUGAUAAACUUGUACUUCCUGUACAACUACUCUCUAAGACUGGAAACAGGGUUCUUUGAGGGGCACCCGGCAGAUUACUGUUUCAUGCUGAUAUUCAACUGGCUUGCCUGUGUCAUCAUAGCACUCAUUGCUGAACUUCCACUUCUCAUGGAUCCAAUGGUGCUGAGUGUCCUGUAUAUUUGGUGCCAACUCAACAAAGAUGUAAUUGUGAACUUUUGGUUCGGUACUCAGUUCAAAGCGAUGUACCUUCCUUGGGUUCUUUUUGCUUUCAACCUGAUCAUAUCCGGAGGAGGAUUCCUCGAGUUGAUUGGAAUUCUUGUGGGCCACUUGUACUACUUUCUGUCAUUCACCUACCCAAUUGAUUUCGGAGGGGCUAGCUUGCUGAACACACCAGCCAUCCUUUAUCAGUACUUCCCCAACACCAGAACUGUCCGAGGCGUUGGUGGCCAAGCAGCAGCUCCAAGGGCUGAUUUUAACCAGCGACCACCCCCUCCACAAGGGCCACGUGGCCACGACUGGGGACAAGGUAACAUUCUCGGAGGGCGUUGACUCCUCUCAUGAUUCGAUGGUGAUUUGAUUUUUCUGUAAUUACAAUCAAUCACAGCCAGUCACUAAUGUUAAUUGAUUUGACUUGUUUUGUAUUCUUCGAAGAACUGAAUCUGUGAAUACAGAAGGUGUUUGAAAACUCGGUUAUGAAAUUAAUGGCUUUCACUUAAUCUCCAUAAAAUAGUCCAACGAAUUCGUGUACAAAUUAAAAUUUAACUCUGAUUAACUUUUCAAGUGACAGAAAAAAUUGCCACGAAAAUUCAUACAAAAUUACCUUAAAAUGAUAUUCAAAACUUUUCGUAAGAAAACGACUACAAAAAUUAUGUGGGACAACAAAAAUGUAUUAUUGUUUUAACAGCGAGUUAUUACAAUCUUUGAUGUGAAUGAAUGACAAGAAAAGUGAAGGCACUUGAUUCAGUCGACAGUGUUCAGGGCGAUCGAGGGUGAACUUGGCUCUGGCUCUGCCAGAGAAGCAGUCCUUUUUCUUCCGAAACAGCUACUACAAGCCGUGUCUCCUUUUCCAAACUGCUCACCUUCUUCUAAGGUCUGAGGCAUGGGUUUUCCAAGAGUCUCCGGUAAUAACAGAGCAAGGGCUCCAGAGAUGAGCGCCAACGAGGCAAAGAUAAAAGUAGGCAAAGUUUUGUCAAACGAGUCC